AUGGUGAAUUUAAACCGCAUUCUUCUUUUGAUUAUCGCGAUGUCUCAACGUGCCAGUCUUCAAGUCCUUGCGUGUACAUCAAAGCGAAUAUCCAUCGUCCGACAUGGCCAAGCCAUGCACAAUCCACGAGCUGAAGUCGCCAAAGCAAAUGGUUGCAGUAUGGAGGAAUUCAUUGCGAUCAUGAGGGAAGAUGAUUGUCUGGAUGCCCCCUUGACCGACCUUGGAAAAGAACAGGCCAAGACUGUCAAAAUUCCUACCACGAAGUCCAAUUUUGACUUGGUUGUGAGCUCAUCGCUGUCACGGGCUUUACAAACGGCGGAUGCGGUGUGCCCUCCUUCAAUAAAGAAUGGAUCCAAACGAGUCUGUUGCGAACACUUUCGUGAGGUCAAUGGGGAUUUGCUGAAUGCUAAACGUCGGAGUCGAUCUGAAUUGGAAAAGCUAUUCCCAUCUUGGGAUUUCAGUCACUUAUCGACCGACGAAGAUUCACUGUGGACUCCUGAAAUGGAAGAAUUUCCAGCAGUUGCGGAACGAGGAUACAUUGGCCUGGAUUGGUUGAUGAAAAGGCCUGAAGAAUCCAUUUUGCUGGUCGCCCAUGGAGGAAUUCUACGAUACUUGAUGACGAUACAUCCGCUAAUUUCACUGCAAGAUGAACGAAAAUCUGCCGAGAAGCCGGUGGAGGCCCGAUUUGACAACUGUGAAGUCCGACAUUAUCGCUUGAGUUGGAUCAACUCGGACAACAUGGAAGAGAAACGAAGGAAGAUUGUCAUGACAGAAGUUGACCCCUGA